UUAAUUUGAGUUAGACAUAGGAGUUCCAAAGUGUCCGGAAAACAUUGAGAGUCUCUCAUUCUCUCCUCUCCUUUCGCUCUGAACUGUUGCUGCAAUGCCACUCUCUUAUUCUCGUCCAUUCUUACCUGUAAAUCUACUCCUCCUCUACCCUCUAAUUUUAGAAACCACGAUCAAUCCAAGAAACCAAACCAAAAGAAGAAAGAAAAAAUAAAUAAAUAAAUAAAAACCUUCUGUUUUUUGUUCAUGAAUGAACUAACGCCAUCAUCGUUUUCAUAAUAUAAUUCAUUUUCUCUUCUGGGUUUCUUCUCUUUUUUGUUUUUUUUGAAGUUGAAAGAAAAACCCAUUUCUUGUUUUCUCUUUCUGGGUUCUCAUUCAUUGUUUUGGUGAGUGAGAAAGAAAAGAUGUACCACUACCACAACAACAUUGUUGCCUUUUGGCUUCUUUUCCUUGGAGUCUUGACCUCUCCGGUCCACUCGAAAACCGCUUCCCCGGAUGUUUCUGCCCUUAAUGUGAUGUAUAACAGCUUGAAUUCUAAUUCAAAACUAACUGGCUGGAAAUCAAGUGGGGGUGACCCUUGUGGUGACUCCUGGUUAGGGAUCAAAUGCUCAGGCUCAUCCGUAACUGAAAUAAACCUAUCUAACCUUGGACUCACCGGAUCAAUGGGCUACCAGCUUUCAAGCUUAACAUCCGUUACUCACUUUGAUUUAAGCAAGAACAACCUAAAGGGUGAGAUACCAUAUCAGCUCCCUCCUAAUGCAGCUUACAUAGAUCUUUCUCAAAAUGGCUUCACUGGUGGUGUGCCCUACUCAAUUUCUCAGAUGGCUGACCUUCAAUACCUAUAUCUUGGUAACAAUCAGUUGAAAAACCAGUUGAGUGAUAUGUUUGGAAAACUUUCAAAACUGAAAGAGAUGGAUCUUUCCGACAACUCACUGUCGGGCAAUUUGCCUCAGAGUUUCAAAUCACUCAAAAGCCUCAAAAAAUUGAAUCUGCAAAACAAUCAAUUCAGUGGCUCAAUUAAUGCCCUUGCUAAUCUUCCCCUUGAUGAUUUGAAUGUUGAAAAUAACAAAUUUACUGGAUGGAUUCCAAACCAAUUGAAAGAAAUAAACUUAGAAUCUGGAGGUAAUUCCUGGUCAUCUGGAGGAGCUCCUCCUCCUCCUCCUGGUACACCACGUGUUGCUAAUCAACACACUAGUAAAAACCAUUCUGGAGGUAAGUCUGUCUUGAGUGGAGCAGCAAUAGCUGGAAUAGCUUUGGGUGCACUGGCAGCAAUUGGGGUUCUAAUUGCACUAUUUUCAAGAAGAAAGUCGUCUCCUUCCUCACAUUUCCUUGAUGAAGAGAGAUCUAACCAGAGCAGAUCAUUUACUCCUCUUGCAUCUCAGGAAUUAUCCAAAAACUUGCCUACUGACAUAAGCAAUGACUUCAAAGGGCAUAGGUCAGUGGAUUCAUCUGCUUCAAUUGAUGUAAAGACUUUGCAAAAGUCUCCUUCAGUUGGUUUUAAGCUUCCACCUCCUGAGUUUAAGCAAACUUAUAAUGACAAUGAGUUUGCUAACCUUCUGAAUGCUAGAAAAAGCACCUCCCUUCGUGCUACAUCUUACUCUUUGGCAGAUUUACAACUUGCUACUGCUAAUUUCGCGUCAGGCCGCCUUCUCGGAGAGGGAUGUAUUGGACGUGUUUAUCGAGCUAAAUAUGCUGAUGGAAAGGUUUUAGCUGUUAAAAAGAUUGACUCCUCACUUUUUCAAGGAAGGCGAUCAGAAGAAUUUUCUGGAAUAGUUUCAAACAUUUCCAGGCUUCACCAUGCAAACAUAGCUGAGCUUGUGGGUUAUUGUUCAGAACAGGGGCAUAACAUGUUAAUUUAUGAGUAUUUCAGAAAUGGUUCACUUCAUGAAUUCUUACACAUGUCAGAUGACUAUAGCAAACCACUAACUUGGAACACCAGAGUCAGAAUUGCAUUAGGGACAGGCCGAGCAGUUGAGUACCUCCAUGAAGUCUGUUCUCCAUCCUUAGUCCACAAGAACAUCAAGUCAUCGAAUAUUUUGCUCGACGCUGAUCUCAAUCCUCAUCUCUCUGACAGUGGUUUGGCAAUCUUUCAUCAGCGUACUAGUCAAAACCUUGGGGUAGGAUAUAAUGCUCCAGAGUGCACAAAACCUUCAGCCUACACAAUGAAAAGUGAUGUUUACAGUUUUGGAGUGGUCAUGUUGGAAUUAUUGACAGGGCGAAUGCCUUUGGACAGUGCAAAACCAAAAUUCGAACAAUGCCUUGUACGAUGGGCCACACCACAGCUCCAUGACAUAGAUGCAUUGGCGAGAAUGGUUGAUCCUGCCCUGCGUGGAUUGUACCCUCCCAAGUCACUCUCUCGAUUUGCUGAUAUUAUUGCCCUCUGUGUUCAGUCCGAGCCCGAAUUUCGACCUCCUAUGUCAGAGGUGGUGCAGGCAUUGGUGCGGUUAGUCCAACGGACAAGUAUGAACUUGAGAGAUGAGCUUGGGGCAUCUCGUGGGAGAGAUGACUUUGAGUAUUUGUGAUUCAAAAUAUUGUAUAUACAUGUGUGAGAUAGAUUUGAGGGAAGGAGAGUCAUGUUCUUUUUGUUUUUUUUUUUUUUUCAUGGAUUUUUUUGUUAGUAUAUAUACAUUUUUUUUAGAACUCUUAGAAACUUUAGUUGUUAUAAUUUUGAAGUUUGUUUCUUUUUUAAGAAAGCAGAAUGAGCUGCUUGAGAAAGAAUUGUAUCUGUCGAAGCCUGGUACAAGCUGCUUCUUAAGUGAAGUUAAAAUGAGGGACAAGUCCAAAAUUUGGGACAUUUUUGAAAUUGAAAGAGUUUUACAUUUUUUAAGCCA